GAGAAGUUAGAUGCAUGUGAAUUCUCUUGCUGUACAUUAACGCGAAACGUCAAAGCUAGAGCUACCCCGCCUAUUGUGCCCCUCCAACCCCCCCCUCCUUCCUUCCCCAUCUUAAACACCAUCAUAUAAAACCAACGAGCCCAACUGCUCAAUUGGAACCUUGUGAUCUCCCAGUACAAAGUUACAAAUCACAGCGUUCUUCAGCUACCAAGCAAGACCCAACAUCAUGGGAACUCUAGUAACGGAAAUCGCUUAUCUCACGCUCAAGCCCGGCGUGGACAUCUCGGGUUCAACCGAUGCCGCCAAAGCCUGGCAGGAAGGCCUCUCCGUGGUCAAGAAACAGGAGGGAUAUCAAAGAUCAUACUAUGGCCGCGCAAUGGAAAGUCCAGACUUACUAUUAUGGUUUAUCGGUACCUCAUCCAUCUCAAUUGCUCCCUGCCAAUCCGUUGAAGCCAAUAUGGAAUAAGCAUGCUGAUGUAUGAUGUAACCACAGAUUGGGAUUCCUACGAAGCACACAUUAAUUUCACAAAAUCGGCUGUAUACGAGAGUUUUGCAAACAAUCUCAGUGCGCUCAUGGAAGGUGUGCACCUCCACCACGUUGGCUUGAAGCCGUUUCCGCCUACGGUCCUUAGCAAGGCACCCGUUAUUGAGUUUGCGACCUUCCUAGACACGAAACCCCAAUUCUUGGAUAAUGUCGGCAAGUUUAUGAACGCUGUAGGUAUACCUGAGAAGUGCUAUGGUGGUGCGUGGGGAGAGUGUGUCGAAACGGAUGUGGGAAAGCAUGAAGAUGGGAGUGUGAAGGGGAAGGCUGUGGUGUUGGUUAUUGGGUGGGAGAGCAAAGAGGCACAUAUGCAGUUUAGAGAGACGGAGCUGUUUAAGGAAACUCUUGGAUUGCUUAGGGAGGGUACGGGUGGUGUUGAGAUGGUGAGUUUGUAUUCUGGUGGGUUAGGAUGUGAGAUAACUGACUUGAUCAAUAGUUCCAUGUCCCCUUUACGACUGUGUAGAUAAAAUAUGUACAACAUGCAGAAAGAUGGCUCAUUGGAAGCCGCUAUACCAUUCCUUGGUAUGCGGAAAUCUGAUACAUGCACAGAAGUUGGGAUCCCAAAAUCAAUUUCGGUUAAAGAGACAUAUUAGUAACAGCUUCAGUAUUAAAAGCACUGAGGCACCUUAGCUC